AUGUCCGGGAUAGACUACGAACCAUUAAGUCUGGACAUCUCGGAGGUUGGCCGAGAACUUGUGGAUUUCAACAUCGAGCAGGUGCGACGGCUUGUGGAUGAGCAUUUGAGCGAGCCAUACUCGAUCUAUGUUUACCGGUUCUUCUUGAACAACUGGCCCAACCUCACCAUUAUGGCCAAGCACCAGGGCAAGGUGAUUGGGUGUAUUAUAUCCAAGGUGGAGCCUCAUAGAGACUCUCGAAUACGCGGAUACAUUGGAAUGUUGGCCGUGGACAACGAGUACAGGGGCCAGGGAAUAGCCAAGGAGCUGAUUUCGCGGAGUUUGGACUCGAUGAUCGAUAAUUACAAAUGUGACGAGAUCAUUUUGGAAACAGAGGUGGUCAACAAAGCAGCUUUGCGACUUUACGAGAAUUUCGGGUUCUUGCGGGUGAAACGGCUGUUCAGAUACUACUUGAACAAACACGACGCAUUGCGACUGAUACUGCCUGUGAGCGAGAAAAGCACUAUCCGGUCAACGUUCCUCCCAAAGCUGGAAAAUAGCAUGGAGUCCAAAUACUAA